UAAGGUGCAAGUUUUACAUAUUUAAUUCUGGAUGCACAUCUGUUUGAUAUAAUCUUUUGUUUUUAAUAUUCACCAACGUAUUUCACAUGUUAACAAACUAAAGCAAACAAGCAUUCACAGUCAAAGAAAAUGAAUAUGCAACAGUAACAAAUAAUUAAGAGAUUAACACUCAUUUUUUAUUUUUAGUUGUUUUUGUUUUUUUGUUUUCCAACUUCGGGACAGUUUUGUUCUGACCUCAGUGCUGAGGGUCAGUGAUGUGAGAUCAGUGUUUUGUUAAAGGACUGUCGGCUUGUUUUCUGAAGGUGAACCACGCUAAUGAUGUCUGGGUCUUGGGGAAAGCUGAGCCCGAGAGUUACGAUGCAAUGGUGACCAAUCAGACUGGGCUCGUCUUAGCAGCUCCAGGGGCCGACUGCAUGCCGCUCCUCUUUGCUGAUCCCGUCGCAAAAGUUAUCGGAGUCGCACAUGCAGGUUGGAGAGGAACCAUAAUGGGGGUUGCCAUGGCCACUGUGAAUGCCAUGGUGACAGAAUUUGCUUGCCAAGUUAGCAACAUUGUGGUGGCUGUGGGACCAUCAGUGGGACCCUGCUGCUAUACCAUGGAAAGAGACCAGGCGUUGGACUUCAUGAGCAUCCAUCCAGACUGUGUUCCUGAUCCAGAAUCAGCCAGACCACACGUCGACAUCCGUCUCGCCAACAGAGUUCUCCUCCAGAAAGGUGGCGUCCUGCCCGAGCACAUCCAUGACAACAAGAUGACGCACUGGUCCUGCGUGACGCCCUGCACCUCAUGUCACCCUGAAAACUACUUCUCCCAUGUCAGAGAUGGGCUUAACUUUGGCACACAGGUGGGCUUCCUGUGGAUCAAACAAACGAAUGAAUUAAUGAGUGUUUAGCACACUUACCUCAUAUUGUUGUCAGCUAAAGCUCCACAAAGUCAAUGUGCUCUUUUGGUAAAAUUACAUGGUAUAAAAAAUGUUAAAAGCAGCAGACAGAAAAUAGCUAAAAACCAAUUGUUUGCUAAUUUACUGUUUGAUAUUUACAGCUUUAAGGAUAAUUUUGCAUGUCCCACAGAUUCUAAUCUUCAAAUAAACUAGAGGAUUAAAGUUACAAUGUGCAAAAUCUCAAUACUAGAUGUCAGUACAUAGCAGACUGCAUUCAACUGAGUUCGGUUUUCGUACCCCUCCCAAUUCAAAUGCACAAUCCUAGCUAAGGUGGCUUCCAUUCAUCUGUAGUGAGUGCAGGCUGUCAGUCCACUGUUCACCUCAGCAGUAGCAAUAUGUAUUGACAUCUAUGGACUCUAGAGGGAAACUGCAAAACUUUGUGGCUGAGUCCAAUAUGAGUCAGUGAAGCUCAUUUCUGUCUGACAACGAUACUGCAGUGUUGUUGAGGAUAUCGAACUUUUUGUCAUUAAACACUGCCCUUUAGUAACACUUUCUUUGAAGUGGAGCUAACUUUGUUGGAUUCAGAGUCUUAGCGAUUAAACUCUCAUACGAUGUGAGAAUGUAAUCAAAUUGUUUAUCGGAGGGAAAAUGUGAUUUUUAGGACACUUGAGUCUAACAUUAGCUAAUAUAGCAUUAGCUUAUUGCUGUUGUGUUUUAGCCAGCUCAUUGUUAGCUGGAGGCCGUAGAGUCGCAUGUCUAAUCUGCCAUCAAUAAGUAAUUAUAAUGAUAUCAGGAAGAAAUGAACAUGUUUAUGCACAUUUUCGUGUGUUAGAGCUCUGACUUCAGCUCAGUAGGUUCAGCUGAGGAGAAAGAGGAUGACACUUUAUCCAGGUAUCACCUUCCCUCGCAUUUUCGCUUCUUUAAUGAAAACAACCACUUCUCAGAUGAUAAAACAUGGGUAUGAUCAUAUCUUGAGUCUGUAGGUGCAGACACAAAUUAAUAUUUUACUAAGCUAAAUUAUUACUAUUUUAUUUUUUAGAAUUUCACUAACUUUCAGGGAUUUCUCAUUUGAACAAACAUGUUUUAUAGCUCGUAAGAUUUUUGGGGGUGAAUCUAACUCUGCAGGGAAUUAUUUCUAUGUUGUUGGAAACAGCAUAGAAAUACUGGACUGAUACAGUUUGUCCAAACAUGUAUAUUUGGAUAGUUUACCUGUAUUGUGGGUCCAAUGUACCAAGCAAACUACCCACUAGCCAGUAAGCAUUCACCUAGCGGCUCUAAUCUGUCUCUCUUAAUUCCAACCUGAGCCAACAGAAUUAUUUAGAGAAUGAAUUGGUGGGUUUAAAUACUUGAUUAACACAUGGACCAAAUAGACCUUUUUCUUUUUAUUCUUGUACUGAAAAUCUUGAGAGAUGGUUUUUAAUGGCAUUUAACUUUAGUCAGAGACGUACAGCAUAAUAUUACUCAGUGAUAUAAGAUUUAAGACAGAACACACAUACCUUAAAGGAGUGAGGCUCUGAGCGGUGAGGCCAUUCAAUUUCUCUUGGUGAAUGACUGUAAAAAUCUGUACAGCACAUUUUACGUUGAUAUUUCUCUUUCUGCAUUGUAAAGCAUGGUAAUUUUAGUGUUCAAUAAACUUUCAGUCCAAUGACCGGCUACGUGGGUUUUAUUAAUAAACUGACUGACAGAUAGCAGUUGGGUUCAUCAGAGUUCAAAUCUGUCACAUUUUACAGUAGAAUAUCCAGGCGAUAGAUGGGUCAUUCCAUGAAAACCAACCAACUGCACCAGUUUAAUGUUUCUGAUGGAGAGGAACAGAAACAACCAUUAGUUUGAUCUGUUCUCUGAUUAUUCUGUGGGGAAAAAACAACUUUUGAGUCCAACUUUUAAAGGAUUUCAUCACCAUGUGAGAUAAGCCAGAACAAGUUAUACCAAAUAGGAAAUUUGUUUGUUU